AUGUCUACAAGGUUACAGAUCUCUCGGAGCCGGCUGUGCCGGCCGUCUACCCUUGGAUCGUCGUACAGAGUCCCGGCCGUGCAAAGAAUAGGUUUCGGGCAAGCUUUUCGGUCGCAACUCUCUUCUCCGAAAUCCGUUUCUCCUGCGAUCUCUAUCUCUCGUCACUAUGCCAACGGCCGACCGAAUCCUCCAGGCGGUACAUACCGGAUGAACUUGGGUGGUGAACCGGAAAAGCCAGCGUUGGAGCAAUAUGGCAUUGAUCUUACUGCGAAGGCCAAAGCUGGGAAGCUCGAUCCCGUCAUUGGAAGAGACGCAGAAAUCCAUCGAACGAUUCAGGUCCUCUCGAGACGCACGAAGAAUAACCCAGUGCUCAUUGGCGCGGCUGGUACCGGAAAGACUGCCAUCCUGGAGGGUCUAGCACAACGUAUCGUGGGCGGAGAUGUGCCAGAAAGCAUCAAGAACAAACGUGUCGUUGCGCUGGAUCUUGGUUCGCUCAUCGCAGGAGCAAAGUUCAGAGGCGACUUUGAAGAACGACUGAAGGCGGUCCUGAAGGAGGUAGAAGAUGCGCAAGGUGGCGUCAUUCUCUUCAUUGACGAACUUCACACUCUGCUCGGGCUUGGUAAGGCGGAAGGAAGUAUCGAUGCAAGCAAUCUCUUGAAGCCUGCCCUGUCUAGAGGCGAGCUGCAAUGCUGCGGUGCCACAACCCUCAAUGAAUAUCGGUUGAUCGAGAAGGAUGUCGCGUUAGCCCGUCGUUUCCAGCCCAUUCAGGUCGGCGAGCCAUCGGUGGCUUCCACGAUAUCCAUCUUGCGAGGUAUCAAAGACAAAUACGAAGUUCACCACGGUGUGAGGAUUACAGAUGGUGCUCUCGUCGCUGCCGCAACCUACAGCAAUCGUUACAUCACCGACCGUUUCCUUCCUGAUAAAGCCAUCGAUCUGGUAGAUGAGGCUGCAUCAGCUCUUCGCCUGCAGCAAGAAUCAAAACCGGAUGCGAUCCAGGAGCUUGAUCGAGAAGUUACCACAAUCCAGAUCGAGCUCGAGUCGCUUCGGAAGGAGACCGAUGUCACAAGCAAAGAACGCCGUGAGAAGUUGCAAGAAUUGCUGAAGACGAAGCAGGAGGAGGUCUCCAAGCUCAUGGAGAUCUGGAACAAAGAGAAGGCAGAGAUUGAAAGUAUUAAGCAAACCAAAGAAGAGCUGGAACGGUCACGGUUUGAACUGGAAAAGGCGCAGCGUGAGGGUGACUUCGCGAGAGCUGGAGAGUUGCGAUACUCCAUUAUUCCCAGUCUCGAGGCCAAGCUGCCAAAGGAGGGCGCUGAAGUCAAGGAGGGCCAGACUCUCAUUCACGAUUCCGUCACUGCUGAUGAUAUCGCGAAUGUCGUCUCUCGCACCACUGGCAUUCCUGUCAGCAAACUGAUGGCAGGAGAGGUGGAAAAACUGAUCAAUAUGGAGGAUACCCUGAGACAGUCCGUCCGUGGGCAAGACGAAGCCUUGGCCGCCGUGGCCAACGCAGUCCGAAUGCAGAGGGCAGGUCUCAGUGGAGAAAACAAGCCGUUGGCAUCUUUCAUGUUCCUUGGUCCAACUGGCGUCGGAAAGACAGAGCUCUGCAAGAAAAUGGCCGGUUUCCUUUUCUCCACCGAGUCUGCGGUUAUCCGGUUCGAUAUGAGUGAGUUCCAAGAGAAACAUACCGUCAGCCGUUUGAUCGGAGCACCUGCUGGAUACGUCGGAUAUGACGACGCUGGCCAGCUUACCGAGGCUGUGAGACGAAAGCCCUAUGCUGUGGUGCUCUUUGAUGAAUUCGAGAAGGCCCACCGUGAUAUCUCGGCUCUAUUGUUGCAGGUCCUUGAUGAAGGGUUUCUUACCGAUUCUCAAGGGCACAAGGUCGAUUUCAGGAACACCAUCAUUGUUUUGACUUCCAACUUAGGAGCUGAUAUCCUCGUUGGGUCUGAUCCUCAGCAGUCCAAGAUAUCCGAAGAUGGAGAAGUCUCUCCCGAGUUGAAGAAGGCGGUCAUGGAUGUGGUGCAAGCAUCAUAUCCUCCAGAGUUCCUCAACCGGAUCGACGAGUUCAUUGUCUUUAAGAGGCUGUCCCGGAGUGCCCUCCGAGAUAUCGUUGAAAUCCGACUCAAGGAAUUGCAGUCCAGACUCGAUAAUCGACGCAUGACGUUGAAGGUUGACGAGGAGAUCAAAGAAUGGCUCUGUGAGAAGGGCUAUGAUCCCAAAUAUGGUGCUCGUCCACUCAACCGUCUGAUUUCUAAGGAAAUCGGCAACAAGCUGGCAGAUAAAAUUAUCCGUGGUGAAGUUGCUUCUGGGGACACGGCACGUGUGAAGUUUAAUUCCGACAAGAGUGGUCUUGAGAUUGUUUCUGAGGCGUAA